ACAGGGGAUCCCGCUCGUCGGUGGAUGGUCCAACUAACCUGGGACGCCCCGUCAGAUCGCCUUCCUCGAUUUUUCCGCCUCUCGUUUUCCUUUACUCUUUCCUCAUUACUCCUCCAUCCUUUGCUUUACACCCAUUUCGCCUUUGAUUCCUCCCUCAAUUCUCCACCUAAACAUUCCCCUCGCCGGAUCUUCCUUCUCUAAAGGAAGCUCUCGGCGGCUUAUGAUUCCUCUUUUUUCUCUUUCUGCCCUGCAAUGCCGAUAGUUUCGACAUUUGCGGCUACAUUUUCCGGAUCCCUUCUUGAUUUGCCCGACAAAGGCUCUGCGGUACGAUUUCAUCGCCGUAUCAGCUGGCUUGCCAAUCCGGCCAGUUUCAACUGCCAUUUCCAGAAUGGCAUGCACUUGCCCCGAUUUGCUCAUGGUCGUUCAAGCGUUGCAGGUAAACAUUCAUCUAUCCGUGCUGCAUUGUUGGAUGAAACAGUUUCACAUCAAAAUCUCGGAAAAUUGACGUCUGAAAUAUUGGCUUUUGAUCUUGUUCAAGGAGAACUUGUAAAGUGGAGUAAUGUAAUGGAUAGGUCACCCGAUCCACCAACAGCAGUCUUUCUGCAUGGAAUUCUGGGCAGCAGAAAGAACUGGGGAACCUUUGCUAGAAGAUUGGCAAAAGAAUUUCCAGCAUGGCAGUUUCUUUUGGUCGAUUUGCGAUGUCAUGGCGAUUCAACCUUAACUACGAAGAUGAGCCCUCACACUGUUUCUGCUACUGCUCUUGAUGUAUUGAAGCUGGUCCGACAGUUGAAAAUAACACCUCGAGUUCUAGUUGGGCACAGCUUUGGAGGAAAAGUUGUCUUGAGUAUGGUAGAACAGGCUGCUAAACCUCUUGCCCGGCCAGUGAGAGUUUGGGUUCUGGAUGCCACUCCUGGAAUAGUUCGACCUGGUGGAGAUGGAGAGGACCAUCCUGAACAAUUAAUAUCUUUCCUAAGUACGCUGGGAAAUGAGGUAUACUCAAAGCAGGAUGUCGUGAAUGCUCUAGUUCAACAUGGAUUUUCUAAAGAUGUAGCACAGUGGGUCGUUACAAACCUUCGACCUAUUGGGCCUCAUAGUUCAUCAUCGUCUGGCUUCUCAUGGGCAUUUGAUCUCAAGGGCAUUGCUGAAAUGUAUCAUUCCUACGAAGAGACAAAUUUAUGGAAAAUUGUGGAAGAUGUUCCACGUGGUGUGCAUAUCAAUUUCUUGAAAGCCGAACGAAGCUUGCAUCGUUGGGCACUCGAAGACAUCCGGAGAAUUCAUGCUGCAGAGGAACUGGCUGUUGAAGAGGGAGGUGGGGUUGAAAUGCAUGUUCUUGAGGAUGCUGGUCAUUGGGUGCAUGCUGAUAACCCAGAUGGUCUCUUUCGGAUCUUGUCAUCCUCUUUCAAAGGGAUUAGAACUUGAGGCGAGCAAGCUUUUUUUCUUUCUUUUUUGGACAAGUGCAAGACUUUCUUCACACCAUACAUAUCAUAUCGUAUGCAUUGCAUAUCUCAUUUCUCAAUUCAUUUGAGCAUUAUAGGAACUUGCAUUAACAUCAUUUUGUAUAUCUAUUGCACAUAAACAGUUUUGUCUUGUAACCCCAAGAUUUAGUUUUACAUGUCUUUCGUUUGCAUCAAAACAGUGUAUUUGUUUCUGAUUAAUAAGCACAUGAUGCUUCAAGUUUUGACUGA